UACAGGAUCCAUGAGUUCGCUGAAGCAGUAAUAAACCAAUCACAACCGUUUAUUUUACCGAUGGACGGUGCGAACGCAGUCGGAGAUUUUCUGGCUUCUCCGCGCUCCACAGGUGCCGCAUUUUCAGUGUUCUGGAAAUCAUCGCUCGUGAUGGGUCUCCUAUUUCUAGUAGUCUUCCUCUGAUCUCACCGGUAUCUGCAUCGAUCUGCCUUCCUCUCGGCUGCUUCACCGGCUCGAGAUUUCAGGUUUAAGUUCUGGUUUUUCUUCUGCAGCAAGAAUGGCGUCUUCGAUGCUUGCCAUGGCCUCCGCACCAGCAUCCUCAUCAGUGGGUGCUCUCGAGGGCUUAAAGAAGACGACCGUGUCGUUAUCGUCCCUGCGACACCGCGCUCUCGGCAAGCCGAAGACGGGCGGCCUUAGGAAGAUACAGUCACCUGGAAGAAUAACGAUGACAGCUGCAGCAGUUCAAGUUUCUCGAUUUGAAGGGGUUACAAUGGCCCCACCAGAUCCUAUUCUUGGAGUUUCUGAAGCAUUCAAGGCUGACACAAGUGAUGCAAAACUUAAUCUUGGUGUUGGAGCUUACCGAACCGAAGAACUUCAACCAUAUGUGCUUGAUGUUGUUAAAAAGACAGAGAAUCUCAUGCUUGGAAGAGGAGAAAACAAAGAGUAUCUUCCAAUUGAAGGUUUGGCUGCGUUCAACAAGGCCACUGCAGAAUUACUGUUAGGUGCCAACAAUGCUGCCAUACAGCAAGGAAGAGUUGCAACCGUGCAAGGCCUUUCUGGGACAGGUUCUCUUCGCUUGGCUGCAGCACUCAUAGAACGAUAUUUCCCUGAUGCAAAGGCACUAAUAUCUUCUCCAACUUGGGGUAACCACAAAAACAUUUUCAAUGAUGCUAGAGUUCCUUGGUCUGAAUAUCGAUACUAUGAACCCAAAACAGUUGGAUUAGAUUUCGAAGGGAUGAUUGCAGAUAUCAAGGCUGCACCUGAUGGGUCAUUUGUGCUUCUUCAUGGUUGUGCUCACAAUCCAACUGGUAUAGAUCCAACUCCUGAACAGUGGGAGGUCAUUGCUGAUGUCAUCCAAGAAAAGAAUCACAUCCCAUUUUUUGAUGUUGCAUACCAGGGAUUUGCUAGUGGGAGCCUGGAUGCAGAUGCCUAUUCUGUUAGGUUGUUUGUAGCUCGAGGUUUGGAGGUUCUAGUUGCUCAAUCAUACAGUAAAAAUUUGGGCCUAUAUGCAGAAAGAAUAGGGGCAAUAAAUGUUGUAUGCUCUUCAUCGGAUGCAGCAACCAGGGUUAAGAGCCAAUUGAAAAGGCUUGCAAGGCCAAUGUACUCAAAUCCUCCUGUCCAUGGCGCUCGGAUUGUUGCCAAUAUUGUUGGAGACCCAACUUUGUUCAACGAAUGGAAAGCAGAAAUGGAAGUAAUGGCAGGACGGAUAAAGAAUGUGAGGCAGAGGCUUUAUGACAACCUCAUCGAAAAGGACAAAAGUGGCAAGGAUUGGUCCUUCAUUCUUAGACAAAUUGGCAUGUUCUCCUUUACUGGAUUGAACAAGUCUCAGAGUGACAAUAUGACGAACAAGUGGCACGUGUAUAUGACCAAGGAUGGAAGAAUCUCAUUGGCAGGGUUAUCUUUGUCCAAGUGCGAAUAUCUGGCUGAUGCAAUUAUUGAUUCUUAUCAUAAUCUCAGCUGAUUGUCGAUCUGCUAGUUUUACGUUUGUCGGCAGCUACGUUAGAUAUGUUGAGUUUAGCGCUUUUAGAGAUUAUAAAUAAAGAAAAUUGUGUCCAGAUGUCAUUGGCACGUUUUUUUUUUUUUGCCUUUUUUUGGAUCUAUGACAGAUUUUCCACACUAGCAUUUGUCACCUCAAGGUGGAUUUUGUUGGAGGAUGUUCAUUUUUUGAUGAGGCUGCCAUGACAUCUCAAAUUGGUCCUUGUCUCCUGGAUAGUUUCUUUGGCAGCUUUUGUAUUAGUGAUUCAGACGGUGGUGAGGGGGCAUGUCACAUGUGACAGUCACAAAAGCUGUAACUUUGGACUUGUUGAAAGAAGAAAUAAUUUCUGCA